AUGUCUACAGUUAUAGAUAAAAUAAAAGAAAUUGAGACUGAAAUGGCCCGUACACAAAAGAAUAAAGCUACGUCUUAUCACUUGGGUACAUUAAAAGCAAAACUAGCAAAAUUGCGUAGAGAACUUUUAACACCUACUGGUGGAGGUGGAGGAGGUGGAGGCGUCGGUUUCGAUGUUGCUAAAACCGGUGUUGCCAGAGUUGGUUUUGUUGGAUUUCCUUCUGUGGGCAAAUCAACUUUAAUGUCGAAAUUGACUGGUACAUUUUCUGCCGUAGCAGCUUAUGAAUUUACAACAUUAACCACAGUACCAGGUGUACUUCAAUACAAGGGAGCAAAAGUUCAAAUUCUAGAUUUACCAGGAAUAGUUGAAGGUGCAAAAGAUGGUCGUGGUCGUGGUCGACAAGUAAUUGCAGUGGCACGAACAUGUUCAUUGAUCUUUCUUGUGCUUGAUGUAUUGAAACCUUUAACUGACAAAAAAAUUAUUGAAACCGAAUUGGAAGGCUUUGGUAUUAGGCUAAACAAGAAACCUCCUAAUAUAUAUUUUAAGAAAAAAGAGAAAGGAGGCAUAAAUAUGACAAAUACUGUUCCUUUAACUUAUUUGGAAUUGGAUCAAGUUAAGGCUGUGUUAAGUGAAUAUAGAAUUCAUAAUGCUGACAUUACCUUCAAAUGUGAUGCCACUGUUGAUGAUUUAAUAGAUGUAAUUGAAGGUCGCAUCUAUAUCCCUGCUAUAUAUGUUCUUAACAAGAUUGAUCAAAUUAGCAUAGAGGAAUUAGAUUUAAUUUAUAGGAUUCCACAUGCUGUUCCAGUUUCUGCUCACCAUGUAAAAUAUACAAAACCUAAAGGACAAUUACCUGAUUAUUCAGCACCAGUUGUAUUACGUCAAAAUGCACGUUCAAUUGAAGAUUUUUGUAAUAGUAUUCAUAAAGGAAUUGUUAAACAGUUUAAAUAUGCUUUAGUAUGGGGUAGUUCUGCAAAACAUCAACCUCAAAAGGUUGGUUUAACUCAUGUAUUAAACGAUGAAGAUACAAAAUUAACAUUGUUGGCUCCAGACGAUUUGGAUUACGAUGUGGCAAAAAGAUCAUUUCUUAACGGAAUCCCAAGUGCAAAAAUUCAUGGGAUUAUUCGAAUCCAAAUGCCAAAAAUUAUCGUUGACGCACAUCAAAUUUUGAAAAAACAACCCGGUUUAAGAUCGUAUAAAUUAUUUCAUGGCACUAAAACUACUUGUGAUCCAAUGAAUAUUACAAGAUGUUUGAGAACUAUUUGUAAUACUAGCGUUAAUAACAAUUGUGGUGUAUGUGGUAUAAUUACCAAAGGUAAUGAUACAACCUGCUCUAGAUAUGGUGGAACUAUGUGGUUCGCACAAUCUUCAAACACAUCUUUGUGUUAUUGUUCCGUUGAUAAGGGAAAUAAAGCGAUGUUUCUUCUUGACGUUUUGUCGAAUAAUUCACCAGAUCCUGGAUAUUUGACCGCCACUCUCCCACGUUAUCUGUUUAUUUUUUCAACGCAUUAG